UAUAGAAAUGGAAGUAAAUUUAUCAAAAACUCAAAGGAUAAGAAGCAAUAACAGAGUACAAGGAAAGCAUCCAAUAGCUCAAAAUAGCCCUAAAACAUACAGAGAAGGGGCUAGACUAGACAUAAAGGAAUCUGAGCCUACCAUUGCUCUUAGUGAAGACCUACGGAAUAAAUACAGAUAUUUCUAUAGACCUUACAAACAGACAACUCAAAAAUCAAUAAAAUAAUAGUCUAUAUUUCGAUACAGAUACUCAUGGCUGGAUAGACAUCGCAAAUCUUAUCAUUGACUCUAAUAACAGCAAUGGAGAUUUUCUAAAUAUCAUUGAAUUUUACAGAGAAAAUCAUAAUGAAGGAUACAAAGACAAGCACAACUUCACGGUUGGAAAGUUUAAUAAGUUCAAAAAAAAGAGAAAACCCAAUAAAGAACCACUUGAAUUGAUAAAAAAAAUUGAAAACCAAAGAGAGUCAAAUCCAAGUUUCAUAGACUCACCUGCACUGAGUCCAUUAGUCCAGAGAAAACCAAACCCCAUGCUGACAAUCACCAAAGAAGAUAGAGCAAAGAUCCAAGAAUUCUAUGACCAAAUAAAUGCCCAAAAAUGAACAAAAGAUUUUGAAACUACAGCUCUCGCCCAGCUCCUCAAGAAGUACAGAAAAAGGAAAAAUAGAAACUAUUCCCAUAGUAUUAAUCAGACCAAUCUAGCUAAGAUAUCACACAAGCUUAAUGAGAAUAAAAUUGGACACCCAAAAGACCUGAAUCCUACUAAGUUCGAAAAGCUCAAGAUUGGAACGAGAUCCCAAUCAGAGAUAACUUCAAAAGAAACCUCUUUAAAAAGGACAGGAAGUAAAAUAAAAAUUCAAAAAAUGCCCUCAAUUAGCAAUGGCUUAAUGACUAGAAACAUAAAAUCAAUUGGAGAUGCUUCAACUAAAAGUGCCAUUCAGAACCCUUCCAAGAAUAGAGCAAUCAGAAAAUAAUGAAAGAUCUAACAGAGAUCGUGUUUCCAAAAAUGAAAGUGAUACCAAUUUCAAUAUAGCCCAAGAUAGUACAGAUAAAAUAGGGCUAAGUAAUAAAACAAAAGGGCUUGAUUUCUCACAAACUUAUCUUAAGAAAUUCAGAGCCAAUAUUCCUGUCAAGGUCUUUAAUGCAAGUAAUACUCAAAAAGACUAUGGGAGAAAUAUUGAUAGAUCUACUGAAAUCUUACCAAAUAUUGAGCAAUAUAAGCUAACUUCGAAAGAAGAGAAAGAUGAACUAGCAAACUCCCAAUUAGACAGUAGUGAUAUAGAAGUUUCCAAUAUUGAUCUCUUCAGAAUGACCCGUCCAUUAAGAAUUAGAAAGUCCAAAACAGUUAAUAAAUUACACAAUGAAUCUCAAGCCUCAAAGAGCACCUCAAAGCUAGGAGGGAUAACCAAGCAGAUUAAAACUUACAAAGGUCCUGGAAUAGCAAGAUCAAAGACCAAAAACAACUUUAGAAGAGUAAGAAUGCACAAAGCAUCUCUUACUUCACGAGCUGAGCAUUUAAUUUAGACUUCAAUAAA